AUGUCUCCACGAGGCUGUCUGCUGCUACUGAUGUUGGUUGUCAUUUUGGGCAUUUCCAUCCAGUGGACUGAGGCCCAAGGACACCGCUCAGACGGUCAAGCAGAAGAAUUUGCAGUUGCCAAGGAAAUGGAAGAAGAGGAUGACGAUGAUGAAGGGGAAGAUUAUGACGAUGAUGAUGAGGAGGAGGAGAAAGAGGUGGUUGCGAAUCGGGAAUCAAAGCUGUUGAAACAUUGCCUUAACUUGCAGAAUGCUUUGAAGGAAAAGAUGGAGUCGGUGGUCAAUCAAAUGAAGGACUGCAGCAAGAUACUCGCACUGGCCUGA